UCACAUUUCCUGUCAUGGUUUGGGGAAACUUGUUGCGGAUUGCACUGAUUGCCUCAUCAAGUAUAUUCAGGUGUUAAACAAGACGACACUGUGACAUCGGGCUGUGACUGAAAUCAAAAAUGUUUUAGUAACAGGUGCAGAGGAUAACUUCCUGAUGCUUGGUAUACAACAAAAGAGAGAAACUUGCUUAAAUCCACAGUGGAUUCACACAUGAGAGACAUAACCAUGAUACCCUAUUGGAAGAAUCUUUACUGUGUUUUGCUGGCGGUACUGACGGGUGUACCAGGUUUGGGAGCCAAGGUGCAGAUUUCCUGGACGGGUGAGGUGACAGCUGGUUUCAGCACCACUUUCACCUGUUCGUCUUCUUGCUUCCCAAACUGCAUCUACACCUGGUCCUUCAAGGGCCGCACAGUCGAGGGGAACACAUUAACCUGGACACCAGAUGGACGGGACAGCACAGUGGAACUGAACUGCUUUGUCUUCAACCCAGAAACUAAACUCACCAGUGUUACGACCUCCAUUCUAUCAAUCAAGAAUCCAGUGUCUGUGCAAAUCAGUCCACCAAACACUGUCCCAUCUCGCAACCAGCCACUGGAUCUGGUCUGCCAUGUUGCAAAAUCAGGCGAGCUUCAAGGCCCAAUAGACCUGCUCUGGUACAAAGAUGGACAGAAAGUGACCCUAAAUGAAAAUAUGCAGCUGCAGCAGAAUAACCACACCCUUCACUUUGACUCACUGCUACCCUCUAAUGCUGGAUUCUACCACUGCGAAACUUCUCUACAACAGACUAGAGUUUCUAGCCUGGGCUAUCUUCUCAGCUUCGAUCCAUGGAACGUCAGCAUCAGCGGACCUGACGUUGUGUUUCCCGGCAGACAGAGUCAGUUCACCUGCUUGACAAGCUGUACCUUAAAUGUGCAAUGUACAGUCAAAUGGCAGUUCAAAGGGGGUUUCCCUAUCGGAACCUACUUUUCAGUCCACAAUAAUGAGCUCAAGUGGACCCCUUCCAUACCCGGUACUUUCCAAAACUUCACCUGCGUUGCAGAAAAUGCAGCUGCUGGGCUCUCUGCCAGUGCCACCAAGAUGGUAGAAGUUAAAGGCAUUCCUGUCUCUGGAUCUGAGGUGAUGCAGCUCCAUGGACUUUUCGCAAUGAUUCUCAGCCUGGGCAUGGUGGUCCUUUUUGAUUCAUAAAGCUGUUUGCUGUUUUGUAUGUGUGUUUGUGUGUAUUGCUUGCACACACAGUAAAAUGUAAUUGAGAUGCCCUUGUUUCAGCAAUCUGCUUUCAUCACAUCAUGACGAAAAAAGUUUGAUGAAAUUCUGUAUUAUUCUGUAUAGUAUAAUACAACAUAUAUUUCAUGUCUCUGAUGGUUACAUGUUAAUUCAGAACUUUCUGUCUGAUAAUGAUGAUGCCCACGGAUGUUUCCCCACUUACCUUUAAAGAAUUUAUGAAUUGAUCAUUUGUUUGGCUUGAGGUUGACCUCUGACCUUAAUGUGUCACCAAUUCACUUGCAAGUGAUGGUAAAUUUCCAGCUGAAACACUGCAAAGUAUGUUGGCCAAAUCCCUUGUUGUAUUUGUUGUAAACUAGACAUUUGUAGUGCUGUUACAAAUGCAACACAAAAGGUUAUAAUGUGUUAUAACAUCUGUGAUGCCCUCCAUGAGGCUCAGGUCCACAUUAUCUGCACAAAACACUGAUCUGCUGUUCAUGUGAGAUUAUUACUAUCCAGUCAGAAUAAUUGUUUUCAUUGAGGGCUUUUCCAGCAGCACCACUGGUGGAUACCAUCAUACAUAUCCAAUCAUACAUUUCCAAAACUUUGAUUUCAUUUUUUUGUCUUUUUUGUUUUUGGCCAUGCUUUUUAAUGUCCACAGGGAGGCACUGUGAUCUCAGAUACAGAAGACGGGAGUGAAUUCACUUUAGUUAAGUUGAUACAGUACAACAUUACAAUGAUGAUACAGUUAUAUAAUGAAGUCCAAAGUUAUAUUUUAAUUGUGGUCCUUAAAGUGAAUAAGGACAUAUCAGCAAUAAAUAUUUUUUAAUGAAUAAAAUUACUUCAUUAAAAAUAUUGUAGAGUUCCAUGUUUAAUGUGGGAGACUACCAAACCUUUUGAAUUAUUCAAACUAUUUAUUUCAACAUGUGGAGACUCGGGGCACUCUGGACUAUUUUCCAAACUUUAUUUAUAACCAGUGGUGCAAUGUAACUAAGUGCAUUUACUGAAAUACUGUUCUUGAAUAAACGUACUGUUUUGAA